UUCAUUCAUUCUCUCUAGUCUCUCUUAUAUAAAUAAAUACAUGCAGUAAUAAUUUAUCCCAUCAUCUCUCUUCACCAUUAACAAUUCUUCAUUAUUUUGGCUGCUCCUCUCCUUUCUCAUGGCUGAAGCAAAGGAAGAUAUCAAAUAUGAUGAGGAAUUUAUAUUCAGUCCUCGUGGAGUAAAGCAAUUUACAUGCAGAUGGCUCCCACAUAAUCAAGGCCCAAAAGCCUUAAUCUUCAUUUGUCAUGGGUAUGCAAUGGAAUGCAGCAUAUCUAUGAGAGAUACCGGGAUUAGACUUGCCAAAGCAGGAUUUGCGGUAUACGGAAUAGACUAUGAAGGCCAUGGAAAAUCAUCAGGACUCCAGGGAUACAUUCCAAGCUUUGAUGGUCUUGUUGAUGAUUGCUCUCACUAUUUUAUGAGCAUAUGUGAGAAACAAGAGUAUAAAAAGAAGCAAAGAUUUUUGCUAGGAGAAUCCAUGGGAGGAUCUGCUGCCCUUCUUCUUCACAGAAAGCAUCCAACCUACUGGCAUGGUGCUAUUUUGGUUGCCCCCAUGUGCAAGAUUGCUGCAAAUAUGAGGCCACAUCCAAUGGUGAUCAGCAUCUUGGACAAGUUGUGUAAGAUCAUACCGACAUGGAGAAUAACCCCAACUCAAGACAUUAUUGAUAUUGCGUUCAAAAACCCUGAAAAGAGGAAAGAGGUUAGGGGAAAUCCGUACUGUUAUAAGGGAAGGGUAAGGUUGAAUACUGCCCGUGAGCUUUUCAUAGUGAGUUUAGAUAUUGAAAAGAAUCUACAGCAGGUCUCCUUGCCCCUUUUGGUUGUUCACGGUGGGGAUGACAUCGUGACCGAUCCCUCAGUCAGCAAACUAUUAUAUGAGUCUGCGUCGAGCAAAGAUAAGACGUUCAAGUUGUAUCCUGGGAUGUGGCAUGCGCUCACCUCCGCCGAGCCCCCAGAGAGCAUUGAUCUCGUCUUCUCUGAUGUUCUAUCUUGGUUAGGCGAUAGAACUGUAGGCUCAGACGAGGCAAGGCUCGAGUUGGAGAGGAAGACAAAGCACGAAGAAGAUCCAUCAUCAAAACUUAAGUAAUAAUGACUUUAUUUAUUCGCAAUAAUGCUUAUUUUUGUACUAUUUUUUACCCAAUUUGUGUUACAAUAGACUAAAGAAAACUCUACACUGCAAAAAUAGUACCAGAAGUGUAAUAUGCAGUUAAUGCUAAUGAGGAUAGGAUAGCAUUUGGGUGGUGGUCAUGUUAUAGCUCCUUUUAAUUUGUGGUGUUUAUAGGGAUUAGAUUUAGAGGGACAUUUUGAUUGGAACGAAUGAGAUGUUUUUGUUUGUA